AUGGGAAAUCGAUUUCGCGAAUGUCUUCAAGGACGUCGGAAUAAUGAAAGAGGGGUUGCGAGGACGGUUAGACAGAGAAACUCAUUCGACGCCGUCGCGGGUGGUGGUUGGUGUGGGGAGGGUUUAAGAAGAUGUUCAACACCUUCAACGCCGUCGUCCUCCCCGAAGCCGAGCCUGCAGCAGAUCUGCAGUAGAUUGGCAACGCCGUCGCCCUCCUCAGGCCCUCGAUCUGCAGUAAAUCGCCAUGGAUGCGCGAGUGAUUACCUCUUCACAAACCACGAGCAAAAAGCCCGUGAAGAGAACCAGAUGCAGCACGCCUUCUCCCCUGGAUCACAUAAGAAAACAUGCUAUAUAAUGCUGUAUACGGACCUUCUCAUUGUUAAACAAGUCGUCUGCAAUGGCUUCCAUCCGUUUACGCUUUUUCUCCUCUUUAAUAGAUUCAGCCACAUCUUCAUUCCCAUAGUCGGACUCUCUAAGAAAGAUGCAUAUUUUUUAACUUUGAGGAAUAUAACAGAGACGAAAGAGGAGAGAAGAGAAAUGAAUCUUACUCAUACGGAUGUAUCCUUUCUUGCCACAAUACCUUCAUCCCUGUUUCUUGAUGUGAUAUAUUCACCAUCAGAUUUGACGACAGUAGUCUGGGGAGGACUAUCAUCAGAUUCUGUUAAAUUAACUACCACGGACUUGCGUGCUGAUGUGGAAGUUUCCAUUUCAACGUCAGAAUCUGCCACCACAGUCUCGUCAGUCUCAUCCGUGGAGCAUGAUGAUAGACGGGUAGCUGAUUGUUCGAGACCUUAUAUGUUGAUGCCUGAGGCAGUCUUAAAUGUAAUGAAGAAGAUACAGAUGACAUACUUGGCUACACAAAUCAUGAGUUUCAACAGAAACAGCUUUUGCACCUCCCGAUUCCAACAGCAACUGCAACUUUUCCUUGAACUUAUACUGCCACGAACAAAAAAUGGAAAGGAAGUGAGGGACAAGUGUGCAUGA